UGACUUACUUUGUAUUUUUUUAGGCAGGCUUUGUUUGCUCUGACUCUGUCCUCAGUGAUGGUUCCCUACCUGUCCGUCUACCCUCCGCAAGUCACCUUCUGCUGAAAACAUGGAGCGGUACGCGUCUGACGCCGAGGGAGACGAGCAACAAAAGCCGCUCCUAAGCCGAACACAAGAAGAUAAAGUCCAGAGAGCCCCAGCCUGUUGUUCUUCACGCUACGGCUUGGCCUUGCUCUCCAGCUAUGGAUUCUUCGUGGUCUACUCUUUGAGGGUGAACCUCAGCGUGGCGAUGGUGGACAUGCUCAAUAACACCCACCAAGCCGGCGGCAAUCACAGUGGCUCGGUUUGCGCCCCUCAUGACAGCCCUGCGGCACCCAAACACAACCAGUCAGCCAGUGUGUACAACUGGGACUCUGCAACUCAGGGAUGGAUCCUGGGUUCGUUUUUCUACGGCUACAUCCUGACACAGAUCCCGGGGGGCUACCUGGCCGGCCGCUUUGGAGCCAAGUGGCUGAUGGGAUUUGGUAUUCUGGGAACGGUCCUCUUCACGCUGCUCACGCCGCUGGCUGCCGAUCUGGGUGCCAGUUACUUCAUUGCUGUGAGAGUGCUGGAGGGGAUUGGAGAGGGUGUCACAUUCCCAGCGAUGUACACCAUGUGGGCAGCGUGGGCCCCCCCACUGGAAAGAAGCCGACUACUCACCAUUUCAUACAUUGGAGCCCAGCUCGGUACCGUCGUAGUUCUUCCUCUCUCUGGUGAAAUCUGCUUCUACAUGGGCUGGCCCUAUGUCUUCUACUUAUUUGGUGCUUUUGGCUUGGUGUGGUUCAUCCUGUGGGCUUUUCUCGUCUUUGACAGCCCAAACAGCCAUCCCCGAAUAUCAGAGGAGGAGAGACUUUAUAUCACAAAUUCUCUCAAAAAUGAGCUGUCUACCACUGCAGGCUACAUCCCCUGGCGAGCCAUCGUAACAUCUGUGCCACUGUCGGCCAUCGUUGUAGCUCACUUUUCCUACAACUGGACCUUCUACACACUCCUCACUCUCCUGCCAACCUAUAUGAAUGACAUACUGGGAUUCAGCAUACAGGAGAAUGGAUUUCUCUCAGCUUUGCCGUACAUGGGCUGCGCUCUGAUGGCUGUGCUGAGUGGCCAAGUUGCUGAUUACCUGCAAGAAACCUGCCUCUAUCGGACAGUCACCGUCAGGAAGUCCUUCUCUCUGAUUGGUAUGAUUGGGCCAGCAGUGUUCUUGGUGGCAGCAGGAUAUACAGGCUGUAAUUAUAAAUUGGCCGUGACUUUCCUUACCAUCUCCUCUGCUCUGGGUGGAGUGUCAGCCUCUGGCUUUAACAUCAACCACCUCGACAUCGCUCCUUCGUAUGCAGGUAUUCUGCUGGGAAUCACCAACACUUUUGCCACCAUUCCUGGCAUGGUGGGACCAGUCAUAGCAAGAGCUCUUACUCACAAUAACACUAUAGAGGAAUGGCAGACUGUGUUUUACAUCGCCGCUGCCAUCAACGUGUUUGGCGCCCUGUUCUACGCGGUGUUUGGAAGGGGGAAGGUGCAACCAUGGGCGGUCCACACAUGCUACUCUCACGGGGACUGAUUCAGCCACAGAUUCAUUCAGUAAGAAACAUGUUAGACCUGUGCUGAUGUUGAGCAGCAGAGUUUAUACUUGCAGGAAUUUAGGAAUAGCCAUAAUAAUGAAGAUCCAUAUUGUGUUAAAGUGAAAACAGGAUUUAAACAUUUUACCAAAAACAACUAAGCAUAAAAACAGAAUUUCUGUGGCCUAUGAAGAGUCUAAGGACAAUAUAAAGUUGAGCUGGUUUUGAUUGAUAAGGUUGACAGUCAGCUACACAGACUUCAUAGUUGAGUCAAAAACGCCAGUACAUUAUUCUGGAAUAUAACCAGUUAUAUAAGCUUUGUUAGGUGCUUGGCACAGUGUACACCAAGACCAGCAAACAUGUUCCAAUUGCUUUAAAUGUAUUGUUACUCAAAAACCCCUACAGUAAAUCAUUGUUUUAAACCAACAAAGGUCUACACUAAUGAAAAAGGUGUAAAGUUUAGUAAAACGCUGUUUACUUUGCUAUGAAAAUCAAGGUGACAAAAACGGGAAUUUGUCACAUUUUCAUCUACAUUUUAACUUGGCACCUGACCCCACUCCAGGUUGCACAGUUUUGUUUUAGGACUUGGACCAAAGUGCCAGGAUAUGUUUGUUUUCCAGGUUUACAAAGAAAAUAAUAAUGGAUGAUAUUGUUUUGAUUCAGCAUUGUGUUUAAACAGCUCAUAUAAAGCCUUAUAUCAAGAUCGCCUUAAAAUGACUAUUUCUGUUUGUUGUGGGUUUUUGGCUUGAUUCUUUGUGAAGUAAUUUUGUUUAGGGAAUUAAGUCAGUUUUGAAGUUUACUUUUUUAAAUAGAGGGUUCACCAGGAACCUCUUUGUAGGGAAUAAUGCUCAUGUACGUGAGAUAAAUGGGUUCAUUAUUUCUUGUCAAUAAGCUUUUAGUUUUUCAAUAAGGGAAUUACAUCAGUGUACAGGGUUACAGGUGGACAAGACUUUAAAUCAGUCAUGCAAAGGAUGGACACUCUUCUCAGGGCAUUUUGUCAUUUUGAAUUGAAGAUAUGAAUUGUGAAAUGCUUUCAGUGUCACCUGAAUUAGUUUUUUUUAAUCAAUAUCUUUAGAUAAUUCAAAACAAUAACUGCACAUUAGGAAUCUAUGUAUUAUACACUAGCAGUCAAAGGUUUGAACCCACCUUUUGUCAUUCAAUGGCUUUUACUUAUUUUUAUGACUUUCUAGAUGGUAAAUACAUCAAAACAAUGAAGCAAAAGUAUUCAGAAUUAUGUAGCAAAAAAUAUUGUGAAAUAACUCUGUAUUCUUCAAGAUAAACUCCACUUUGCUGUGAUUACCGUUUUGUACACUCUUGGCGUUCUCUCAAUGAGCUUCAUGAGGUGGUCGCCUGGAAUGGUUUUCCAGUCUUAAAAGGAGUUCCCAGAGGUAGGAAUAAAAAAAGACAACCCACUGAAUGAGAAGAUGUGUUCAACCUUUUAACCUGUUGUGUAUCUACAUUAAAAUUUCCAGAAGUGAUGCACUUGUGCCUUUUAAUUAAGACAUUUAUAAUCCAGCACUGUAGACAUGCUCAGUUUAUAUAUUUCUUAGUCUUUGUUUCUAUGUUGAUAUACGAGGAAUCAAAGGGACUUUGUGUAAUAUAUUUUACUCUAACGAAUAUGAUGGGAAAUAAUUAUAAUGGAAACAUUCCAGAAAAAUGUCUUUAUUCACCGUUAUGUAACAGAAAUGCAUCAAAUACAGCCAUUGGCAAAUCUGA